AUGGGUCGCGGCUUUACUAUCGGCCUGGCUGCCUUUGCGGCCACAGGGUCGUUCCUCUUCGGAUAUGACAGCGGUGUCAUGACCGAUGUGAUCGAGUCGAAGAACUUCCUUGCCUUUUUCAACACCGUCCAGACUUCCCCAAUCAUCGGGGCGAUCAAUAGCACAUUUUCUGGUGGAGCUGCCUUCGGCGCCCUCCAGGGAGGACUGACGAUGGAUCGCUUCGGCCGUAAAUUCACCAUUCAAAUGGGUGCUUUCAUAUGUCUGGUUGGUGCUAUCCUUCAGACCGCUGCCCAGAACUUGGCUAUGAUGCUUGUUGGCCGUAUUCUGGCGGGGUGGGCUGUCGGUCUCUUGUCGAUGUCGGUUCCAGUUUAUCAGGCCGAAUGCGCUCAUCCUCGAAGCCGAGGAUUUAUCAUCGGCUUGUCACAGCAAAUGAUCGGGAUUGGCUUUAUCGUCAGCACAUGGGUCGGGUUUGGAUCGCUUCAUGCUCCAGAAACCAGCGAGUUCCAAUGGCGGUUUCCGCUGGCAUUCCAGGCGGUUCCUUGCGUACUUCUGGCGGUGGGAAUGUUCUUCAUGCCGGAAUCCCCUCGAUACUUGGUGGAAAAGGAACGCUACGAAGAGGGAAUGAAGAUUCUGCGGAAAUUACACUAUGACGGCACAAACGACGAAUGGAUUCAGACAGAAUUCAAUGAAAUCCGAACGACCAUUGAAGCCGAGAAGGCUGUAACGGUGUCGGGCUGGCUUGUCAUGUUCCAGGUUCCCCAGUGGCGGACUCGGUUGCUUCAUGGGAUCGCCGUCCAGGCCUUCGCGCAAAUGACCGCUGUCAACGUGAUCGGCUACUACCAAACCAUCCUAUACAAUUCCCUCGGCAUCACCGGAAGCCGCAACAUCCUCGUCGCCGGUAUCUACAACUGCGUUGGUCCAGUUUGCAACCUCAUUUUCAUUGUUUUCCUGCUCGACAAAGUGGGGCGGCGAAAGCCCAUGCUGUUCGGCUCAAUCGCUGUCACCAUCGUCCUGAUCUGCGAAGCCGCCCUGACGUCGGUCAACGAAGACGGGUCCCGGACGGGUUACAGCAUCGCCGGCGUGUUUUUCAUUUUCUGCAUCACUGUGAUUUUCUCCUUCUCUUAUGGAUCAUGCGCCUGGGUCUACAUGGCCGAAGUCAUGCCGAUGCAGAUCCGCGGUCGAGGAAACGCCGUCGCAACCAGUCUGGGCAACUGGGUGGUGAGCACGAUCUGGAACCAAGUUUCGCCGAUUGCUUUCGGCAAGAUUCACUGGAGGUUCUACCUGGUCUUCAUUUUGUUCAAUGUCUGUAUCACUAUCCCGACAGUGUUUUUCUUCUUCAAGGAGACCAAGCAGAAAUCCCUGGAAGAGAUCGAUCUCCUGUUCGGUGGACGGGCGUUGGGGACAUUGCCGGAGAAUGUGGAAAUGAAAGCCGCCGAAGCCGACGAAGCCGACCCCAAUAAAGCGGAGGAAACUGGAGUCUCGUAUGCGAAUGUGGAGCAUACGGAUAAUAAAGUAUGA